AUGUAUUUCUUCUUUGUAGAACAAUUUUAUCAAAUACCGCUCGACAUCGAGCACGACCGGAUCAACCAGACCAGUGACUCGAACCGGAGAAGACGCAAGAAGUGGAUUACCAUCAUCAUCUGCAUCAUCAUGGCCGUAACAGGUCAAUCCAUCGUCAGACUCCUAGAGAACUAUUACUUCCUCCACAGAAACCUGAGCCGCCGCUACGGCGCAUGGACUCAAUCCCUCAUUCAGGUCAUCGGAUUCCCUCUCUUAACCAUCCCUUUCUUGGUCUUCUUCCUCCUCUCUUCCAAGAAAAAGAAACAAAUCCACAUCACCUCCACACACUUGGCCAUACUUUACCCUAUUAUCUCCAUGUACAUUAUUUUCCAAGCAUAUUUCUCCAACCUUGAACACCGUUUACCUUUUAGAGUUUUCACUCUCAUCUACACAACACAAGUCUUGUUCACACCAAUUUUCUCCAUCUAUUACAACAAAACCAAAUUCACUCGAUGGAUGAUUAUCUCUCUCGUCUUCGCCAUCAUCACCGGAGCUUUCACUCUCUACACUUUCUCCGCCGGGUCACCCAUCUACGACGGGAAUAAUUACAACCACAGACUCAUAUUUUCUGCCGUAUGCGCCGCCAUGUUUUUCUCCAUGCUCCUCUGCCAGAUCAGGAGCAUAUUCGAGAAUCUUAUCUCCCUUUGCAAAGAAUCAACCGACAGGAAACAACCUAGUUUCGUAGCCGUUCUUGAGGUUCUUAUCUUCUCCUCUCUCAUAGCCACUGUCUUCUUGGUCUUAGCCGUUUUUAUCUCCGGCGAGCAUCGUGAUCUCAAGAGACAUAUGGAUGAGUUCUCGAAAGGAGAGUUUGCUUACGUGAGGACUAUGGUAGGUUUAGCCGCUGCAUGGCAGAUCUAUUGGGUCGAGAUCGUGGGCCUCGUGUUCGUAGUCUCGGCUGUGUUCUCUAUGAGAGUGAAUAAGUGUAAUGUGGGCUUAGCCCAGUAA